AUUAUAUAAAAAAAAAUUAAAUAAAAUAAAUAAUUAUAUGGGAGUUCCAGGAUUUUAUUCGUGGCUAUCGCGUCGAUAUCCAUUAAUAGUAAACUAACUAAAUUCAAAACUAGACGUACCAUACAUAGAUUGCUUUUAUCUUGACAUGAACGGUUUAAUAUAUAAAUGUACUAAAGAGGAAGACACUGUCUUUAAAGAUUUACUUUUACAAAAGAACAUGUAAGAAAUAUUUACAUUAAUAUUCAAUUAUAUAGAUGAAAUGGUAAACCUAGUUUAACCAAAAAAAGUGCUUUAUUUAUUUUUAGAUGGACCCGCUCCUCGUGCUAAAUAGAAUUAAUAAAGGACCAGAAGAUUUUUAUCUGCCAAAUCACAUAAAGACCUAAAUAAUUCAUUAAAAAAUUGUGGUAUAUUAGCCGAAAAUUAAACCAUGUAGAAUAAUGCAAUAUCUACAGGAACUACUUUUAUGCAUGAAUUAAAUUAAUAGAUUUAAUUUUAUAUAAAAAAUAAAUUCAAGUAAGAUCCUUAAUGGAAAAACCUCGAAGUAUUCUUUAGUGGAUCUAAUGUUCCAGGAGAAGGAGAACAUAAAAUCAUUAAUUUCAUGCAUUAGUAUUGCUCUUCAGAUAAUUAUGACCCUUCUACUACACAUUGUAUAUAUGGAGUUGAUGCUGAUCUAAUUAUGUUAGGAUUAUCAACUCAUAUUAAAUAUGUUUCUAUUUUAAGAGAAGAAAUGAGACAUAUACCUAAUAUAAGUAAAGCAGCUAAAAGAGAAAUAUAAAUAAAUCAGUUUUAAAUAAUUUAUUUAAAUAUAGUACGUGAGUAUUUAGAUUUAGAAUAUAAAUAAUUACAAGGAGAAAUGAAAAAUUUAAAAUAUGACAUUGAAAAUAUAAUAGAUGAUUUCCUACUUAUAUGCUUUUUUAUUGGAAAUGAUUUUAUUCCAAGACUUUAUUGCUUUAAUAUACGAGAAGGAUAAUUCGAAAUUCUCAUUUAAAUUUAUAAAAACUACAUAAAAGAAGCAAAAGAAUAUUUAAAUAACAUGGGAUAUAUAAAUUGGAAAGGAAUGUAUGAAUUAAUAAAAUAAAUAUCUAAUUAUGAGAAAGAAUUUAUUGGUGACAAAGCUGAUGAAUGCACAAAAGAAUAUAAUAGAUAAUUAAAAGGACAAGAAGGAGAAGAUAAUUUUAAUGUUGAUGAUAUUAACAAAGAUAAGGAAUCAAAUAAUAAUAAAUAAAACGAAAAUACAUUCUAAUAAGAAUACGACAAUAUAAUUAUAGAUUAAUAAAAAAAUGUCUUUAAAGAAAUUAAUAAAGAAAAAAAAUUUCUUGAAGAUAUCUAAAUUCUAUAUAAUACAGAAGCUGACGGAUUUUAAGCCAGAACAUAUUAUUAUAAGGAAAAACUACAACUCGAUUUUUCUAAUUCUUAGCAUUUUAAAGUUUUAGAUAAUCUUAUAACAAAAUAUAUUGAAGGUUUAUAAUUUGUCCUUUUAUAUUAUUAUAAAGGAGUUCCUUCCUGGAGUUGGUACUAUCCUUUUUAUUAUGCCCCUAUGUCUGCUGAUAUAUCUUUAUAUAUAGAAUAUAAGUAAUCUAUAUUAUCAUAAACAAUCAAAUUCGACUUAUCUUAACCUUAUUAGCCAAUGAAAUAAUUAAUGUGUAUAAUACAUCCUGAAAAUGCCAGUCUUUUACCUCCAAAAAUUGCUUAAUUAUUAACUGAUUAAACUAAUUCUCCAUUAAGAAAUCCUAUAGACUAUUAUCCUGAAGAAUAUCGCAUAGACCCAUAUGGAGGUGUUUUUGCUCAUGAAUAUAUAGUCGUUUUGCCUUUUAUGGAGUAGGAAUUAAUCGAAAAAGUCUAUAAUAGUAUUAAUUGGGAUUCUGAAAUAAGCCCUGAAGAUAUCUAAAGGAAUCUUUUUGGCAGAAAUCUUAAAUUUUCCUAUAAUGAAAAUUCUCCUUUAUUAUAAGUUAAAUCAAUUUUACCUUUAUAUUAUUCAGAUUUCGAAGUCCAUAUUGAUAUAUAAGAAUUCGAUAUUGACAAAAUCUAUAAACCUCCCAAAAACGAGUCACAAAACGCCAAAACUUCCCGUUUCCCUUCCUUAUAUGCUAAAAAAAUAGUUCAAUCCACCCUUAAAAAAACUGAGAAAGGCCAAAGACUAUUCCUUACUCUCGAAAGCGAGGUUACUGACAUUCUCUUAUCCAAAAAGUAUCAAACAGACUAUUAUUUUAAUUACCCAAACUGCUAAAAAUGCGAACUAAUUGGUAUAAUAUCUAAAGAUUCUCUCAAAGUAAUAAAAAAAGUGCCUUUGAUUCCUAUUUUAGAUGCCCAAAAUUACUGCAAAGACGACCAUCAUUAAUUUUACUAAAAACUUAACGAUGAAACAACUUUCCAAAUGUAAAAGAAAGGCAUAAUAUUAUCCUAAGAACACCCUAUACAUUCAAUCGUUCGUUUCUAUGAGUCAAACCAAAGAUAUCAAAGUGGAAAAGUAGUCGAAAAUAAAUUAAAAUUCUAAGAAUAAUACGUCCCAUUAGAAUUAAUAAUGACCGAACCGAAAAUCGAGAAGAUUAAAUAAGUUAAAAAAUACACGAAAACAACCGAAGAAUUCAAAGAAAAUAUGCUUGUUUUAAUCGCUUCUCCUGAUCGAUAAAUAGACGGUUGUUUAGCCAAAAUUAUAGAAUUUUAAAAAAUCAAAAAUAAUUAUUCUCCCGUUUAAUUAAAAGUGUAAAUUCUUAAUAAACCCCUCUAUUUAAUCUACUCAAAAGAAAAAUUCUGCCAAUAUACUUAAAAUAAGGAAUCUUUUUAUACUCUAUACUUUGCAUGUGAAAGACUAUAGACUUAACCUGAAUUUCUAUUAGAAUUAUUAGAUUCUUUGCCUAUUUUUAUCGAUAAUAACCUAUAUUCGGCUUCAAAACUUCCCAAAAUACUCGAUAUAGGCUUAAAUAUUAUCAAAAGGGCUAAAGGAUAGAUAGUUCCUGAAUUAGUACAUGUACCUGAAGCUAAAAUAAACGCUUAAGCGAAAAUGCAAUAAGGAAUAAAAGCAAGAAUUUCAGUUAAAGACUUAUUCCCAGAAUCAAAAGACGGAAAUAUAGAAUGUGUAAAACUCUAUAUUUGGCUAAUGCAAAAGGAAGAAUCUUAAUAUACUAUGUCCUCUUUAUUUUCUUAAAUUAUAAUAGAUCCUAAUUUUGCCAUUCCUGCUAAUUAUGAUGCUCCUGCUAAAUUAUUCUUUGAAAAAUAACCUCAUUAUCAUAGUUUGGGUGAUCAUGUUAGAUAUAUAGGCACUUUUGGCGUCAAAACUGCACCAUUUGGUCUAAAUGGAAUUGUUGUGGGUAUUAUAGAUGAUAAAUUUGAAGUAGUAUUUGAAAAGCCAUUUGUUGGAGGAAAUAAUUUGGGCGGAAGAUGUCCUCCAUAGAGAGGUUUGUUAGUGGAAUUCGAUGAAAUUUAUAACUUGUAGGGUUGGGGCAAAUUAACGAGAAAAAAAGAUGAAGGAAAUGACUAAAGUAAAGGCUGGGAUGGAUCCAUUUGCUAUUUUUACCCUAAAUUCGAAAGGCCUAUAGAUAAAGAUGAUUUAUAAAAAAAUAGUAAUAAGAACAUUAAAUUCCAAAAAAAGAAGAACCUAUGA